AUGUUUCAUCCAACAAGAGGAGGUACACGUGGUGGGAGAGAUCAAUUUAGCUGGGAAGAUGUCAAGCAAGACAAACACCGUGAAAACUAUCUUGGUCAUUCUCUAAUGGCUCCAGUUGGACGUUGGCAAAAGGGAAAAGAUCUUCAAUGGUACACAAAAAAGGCAACAGAUGACGCAAAGGCAAAGGCUGACAAGAGUGAAUUGCAAAAGAUCAAGGAAGCAGAAGCAGAAGCUAUGGCCAUUGCGCUUGGUGUUCGUAAAAAAAAGACAUUGGAAAGUAAAAUAACAGAAGAAGAAUUAAAGCAUGCACUCCAUAAAGAUGAAGACGAAUCUGAAGAUGAUCAACUCAAAACAGUUGAUUCUUCAGAAAAGGGCCUUGGUUAUGGAAGAUCAAACCGGUUUACUGUGCCUUCAGGAAGCAACGUAGAAGUCAUGAAUAUCGACAGGUCAACAAUAGCUGAUCAAGGCUAUGCUGAUAGUGUAGUAUCAACAAAUAGACUGGAUUCAUAUAAUCAGAGUGACAGCAAGGUUGAUAAGCACCAUAAAAAGAAGAAGAAGUCAAAGAAACAUAAGCACAAGAAACAUCGUCAUAGUCACAGCGACAGUGAUGACAGUGAAGAUGAUUAUAAAAGAUCUCAUCGUCACAGUAAAAGAGGAAGAAGCCGCAGUCCUAUAGAAGGUGAUCGAUAUCGAAGAACAGAGUCUCCAGAGAGGUACUCAAGACAUAGAAGGGAUAACCGAGAGUAUAGACGUGAAAGAGAUCGUAGUACGAGUAGACAUCGAUAUGAAAGAAGUAGAGAGAGGCGAUCGCCUUCACCUUACAGUAGUAGAAGAGAUAAGUAUGAUGGACAUUCUCGAAAUUAUUCACCAAGAGGCAAAAGAAGAACAAGUAGAACAAGAUCAAGAGAGCGAUCGUUAUCGCCUUUGGAUGAAAGAGCAAGAAAAAUAAAAGCAUAG